ACUCUGUCCUGUUUCUCACCAGGCCCAGGGCCCUCUGUUCCCCGCAGAUAGACGAUGAGCAGCCACGCCAACAGCCUGUUCCUGCGGGAGAGUGGCCAGCGGCUUGGCAGGAUGGGCUGUCUGCAGCGGCUGCAGGACAGCAUGCAGCAGAGAGCACUGCGCACGCGCCUGCGCCUGCAGACCAUGACCCGCGAGCACGUGCUGCGCUUCCUGCGCAGGAACGCCUUCAUCCUGCUGACCAUCAGCGCUGUGAUCAUAGGGGUCAGCCUGGCCUUUGGCCUACGCCCGUACCAGCUCACCUACCGCCAGAUCAAGUACUUUUCUUUCCCUGGAGAGCUUCUCAUGAGGAUGUUGCAAAUGCUGGUGCUGCCGCUCAUUGUCUCCAGCCUGGUCACAGGUAUGGCAUCCCUGGAUAACAAGGCAACAGGGCGGAUGGGGAUGCGGGCAGCUGUGUACUACAUGGUGACUACGGUCAUUGCGGUCUUCAUCGGCAUUCUCAUGGUCACCAUCAUCCAUCCUGGGAAGGGCUCCAAGGAGGGGCUGCACCGUGAGGGCCGGAUUGAGACCAUCCCUACAGCUGAUGCCUUCAUGGACCUGGUCAGAAAUAUGUUUCCGCCCAACCUGGUGGAGGCCUGCUUCAAACAGUUCAAGACGCAGUACAGCACGAGGUUGGUAACCAGGACCGUUGUGAGGACAGAGAAUGGAUCUGAGCAGAGCGCCUCCAUGCCUCCUCCAUCUUCAAUGGAGAAUGGAACCAGCCUCCUGGAAAAUGUCACACGAGCCUUGGGCACCCUGCAGGAGGUGCUGACCUUUGAGGAGAUUGUGCCUGUGCCUGGCUCAGCCAAUGGCAUCAAUGCCCUGGGCCUUGUGGUCUUCUCUGUGGCCUUUGGGCUGGUCAUUGGUGGCAUGAAACACAAGGGCCGAGUCCUGCGGGACUUCUUCGACAGCCUCAAUGAGGCUAUUAUGAGGCUGGUGGGCAUCAUUAUCUGGUACGCACCUGUGGGCAUCCUGUUCCUGAUUGCUGGGAAGAUCCUAGAGAUGGAAGACAUGGCCGUUCUGGGGGGUCAGCUGGGCAUGUACACCCUGACUGUAAUUGUGGGCUUGUUUCUCCAUGCCGGUGGUGUCCUGCCUCUCAUCUACUUCCUCAUCACCCAUCGGAACCCCUUCCCCUUCAUCGGGGGCAUGCUGCAGGCCCUUAUCACUGCCAUGGGCACGUCUUCCAGCUCUGCGACACUGCCCAUUACCUUCCGCUGCCUGGAGGAGGGCCUGGGUGUGGACCGCCGCAUCACCAGGUUCGUGCUGCCCGUGGGGGCCACUGUCAACAUGGACGGCACUGCCCUCUACGAGGCCCUGGCAGCCAUCUUCAUUGCCCAAGUCAACAACUACGAGCUCAACCUGGGUCAGAUCACAACUAUCAGUAUCACUGCGACAGCGGCCAGCGUUGGGGCUGCUGGCAUUCCCCAGGCAGGUCUGGUCACCAUGGUCAUUGUGCUCACAUCAGUCGGCCUGCCCACUGAAGACAUCACGCUGAUCAUAGCUGUGGACUGGUUCCUAGAUCGACUUCGCACAAUGACCAACGUGCUGGGGGACGCCAUUGGAGCAGCCGUCAUUGAGCAUUUGUCUCAGCGGGAGCUAGAUCUGCAGGAAGCUGAGCUCACCCUCCCCAGCCUGGGGAAGCCCUACAAGUCACUCAUGGCACAAGAGAAGGGGGCAUCCAGGGGACGGGGUGGCAAUGAGAGUGCCAUGUGAGGGAUGUCUUGGGAAAAACCCACUGCCUGAAUGACCCACACCCUGAACACAUAUUCUGUCCGACGUGUUUGAGGGAAACUAAGAUAAAGGAGCAGGAAUGAAAGGAUGUCCACAGUCUUCAUUUCUCUCUGAGCCUAUACUGAGAACUUGAGGGAGGUUGGGCAAGGGUGGAAAUCGGAAAUGUUUUUCCUGGGGUUGUGGGUAUAGGAAGCUCCAGGUUCAACAAGGUGAGGGGUCAUCUCGUGCUCCUUAUUUUCUUAAGGAGCAGUGUAAUUGAAGGAGGCAAAGGGAAACCACUAUUUCUUAUAAUAAAACAAUAUCCAUGGCCUCUGUGUUGGGAGGUUCUCAA